CUAGGCUUCCCAUUGCUGGCAAGAAAGAGAAUCAAAACCUGAGCGGCGGAGCGGAAAGACGACGAAGGAGAAGAAAUCCGAACACAGAAGAAGAGGAUUUCCGGUUUUGUUGAAGGAAAUCUGAGCACAGAAAUGGCGUUCUCUUCUCUCUCGUUUCUGAGUUUGAUUUUGUGUGUUACUGUGAUGCUAAGCCCCUACUGGGCUUCCGCGACGGCGAGCGGGGACGGCGAAUUGGUGAGCUGGAUGAUGGCGGCGGGAUCCGGCGGGAGGUGCGACGGAAGCACGGCGGAGUGCCUGGCGGAGGCGGAGGAGCUGGAGAUGGAGAGCGAAUCGAGCCGGCGCAUAUUAGCCACCACGCGGUACAUCAGCUACGGUGCGCUGCAGAAGAACAACAUCCCCUGCUCCCGACGCGGCGCUUCCUACUACAACUGCCGCCCCGGCGCCCAGGCCAACCCCUACACCCGCGGCUGCAGCGCCAUUACUCGAUGCAGGGGUUAGUUAGAUGACAUCAUCACUCUCUCUCGUCUUCAAUAACACCACCCACUCCGCAAUUGCUUCUUCAUCGGUACAUUUUUUUUGUCUCCUUAUUUUUUAAAUUUUAAUUCUAAAACUUGUUUAGAUUGGAUUGUUUGGUAUACGCAAUGAUGAACAAUGUGAAAAGAGAUUGAAGAUGUAUACUGCAUCUUACGCAUCAAAUUGUCUGUCAAUUAUAAGUAAUUAUGUGUAUUUAAUUUUUCCUCUUUUUUUUUU